UGACGUCGUCAGCGUAGAGCCCGGAGUGGAUCCGGAGGCAGUGGCGGAGAGGCGGCGGCGGUGGCGGAGGUGGUGGCGAGAGAGCGCGACAGACGAUUGAAACGCUGUUUCGUGAUCAGGCCACACCAUGCGUGAAUACAAGCUAGUAGUCCUCGGAUCAGGAGGUGUGGGUAAAUCCGCUCUGACAGUCCAAUUUGUACAGGGAAUUUUUGUUGAAAAAUAUGAUCCAACAAUAGAAGAUUCUUACAGAAAGCAAGUGGAAGUUGAUGGACAGCAAUGCAUGCUGGAAAUUCUUGAUACGGCAGGAACAGAGCAAUUUACAGCAAUGAGAGACCUGUACAUGAAGAACGGGCAGGGGUUUGCGUUAGUAUAUUCUAUUACAGCACAGUCAACAUUUAAUGACCUCCAGGACUUGAGGGAACAAAUCCUCCGGGUGAAGGACACAGAAGAUGUUCCCAUGAUCCUGGUUGGCAACAAAUGUGACUUGGAGGACGAGAGAGUUGUGGGAAAAGAACAGGGUCAGAACCUUGCCAGACAGUGGAACAACUGUGCCUUUUUAGAGUCGUCUGCAAAGUCGAAGAUCAACGUUAAUGAGAUUUUCUAUGACCUGGUCAGACAGAUAAAUAGAAAAACGCCAGUGGAAAAGAAGAAGAUUAAAAAGAAAUCUUCAUGCUUGCUUCUCUAAAACCGUAGCUUGCAGCAGCUCUGAGCCAGAAUGCAGAAAUGAAGAACUGUUGCCUAAUUGGAAAGUGCCAGCAUUCCAGUUCUAGAAAGAAAAAAAAAAUAAAAACAAAAAACAAUUGCAUUUCGGAGAAAUCAUGAAUUGAAGAGCCACUCCACAAAUUCACCCAGAUUUAAGGAAAGCAGCUUUGUGUUAUUAUUAUUGUUUUUUUUUUUUUUAAAUUGUAUUUUCUGUCACUUUGGCAAGGACUUCCGGUUCUGGAUGACGAUGACGACAACGAUUCGCACUCUACAGUCCCAGGUUUUGGUCCCUGUCCCCAGGUCAGCCUCACUUCCUGGCAGAAAACAGACAGCAGUGUUUUCAACCUUUGCAAUAGUAAUGAAAAAGAUGUGAAAUUAUUUUAUUUGAACUUAGCUGUUUAAUUAAAUGGGGGGAAAAAAAUAGUAACAAAGCAUGGGUGCAUUUCAAUAGAUUCUCGGUGUUGCAAGUGAAAUCAAUUUUUGACUAAACUAGAAAUUCCCCCACCACCCACCACCCUGCCCGCCUGCCCCAUGACCGAUUUUCCUUGCAUCCUGACAAUCCCACAUUAAUAAUUUAUAAAAUUGUAGUUAUUAUUUUUUUUCUCUUUGUUCUUCAUUGGUUUCAUUGCAUUUAUUUUUCCAGCACCUCAUCCACCAGUUCAAAUGUCGCCCCCCGGUGGUUAAGAGUGGAGCAUUUUGAAUUCUCAGUAUAUUACUAUACUCGUUUAGAUUUUUUUUUUCUUCCUCACUUGCAUUACUUCUUCAAACAGAAAGAUGAAUGCCAGCAUUUUAAUUUUAUUGUUAUUAUUUUUCAUUUUUAUUUCUGGUGAGUUCCCAGACUCUCAUCCGACUGCAUUCUAGAGCACACACACCCCCCGUCCACCAUCCCCUUGCCCCCCGUGGUUAAUUUUAACUUGUUUAGUUUCCAGUGACUUCGUUUUAUACUUUGAAGUUCCAGGAUUUCAUUACUUCUGUGUUUACCCAUAACAUGUUCAAAUUAAAAUGUUUUGUGCAUAAUGCUUUGGGGAAAAAAAUGGGUCUUUUAUAGAAAAGGAGGGGAAAAAAGUUAUAAAAAAGAGGGGUUAAGUAGAGCCCCCCUACUGAUUUCUAUGUCUAAAAGCUAAAAUAUAUUAUACUAAACCAA